AUGAACCCUCAGCCUGGGAAAUUUAGAUUCUUCCUAAGAGAGCUCAAGAAAUGAAUUACUAACUCCCCCCCCCCUCCGUGAGCGAACAAAACCAUUAGAAAAAUCGCCAUUUUUUGACCAAAAACCCACCCUCCGUGAGUGAACAAAAAUUUUUUUAAUAGAAAAAAUUUUAAUGGAAAAAAAUUUUGCUAUAUAAGUGAUAAUUAGUAUAAUGAAAUCUAGAGCUAAUUCUGUUUAAUUUUAAACAAAUUGCGUUUUAAAACAUAAAUUUUGCAAAUUAAAUUAAUAUUUGCUUCCCAAUUUUGCAAAUUAGGAUUUUUUUAAAUUUCGAAAAAAAUAUUUUUUUAUAAAAUUUAUAUAUAAAUUUUUUUUAAAAAAAAAAUUAACCCCCCUCCGUGAGUGAACAAAAUUUUUUUGUUCGCUCACGGAGGGGGGGGGGGGGGGAGUAAGACUUUCAUCAAGAAAUCGGUUUUCCUGUCACCUCUUCCAACUAUUACUCAACGACUCAAAGGCAAAAUCUACCGAGAUCCUUCAACUACACAUUUUACUAUUAAAAAAAUCAUCAAAGGAACCCUUGGCUUUAUACCAGUCGCUUUAUUUGCCCAUUGAGUAGGCUACUCAGUCUCACAAAGAGUAAACUUUAAUGAUUUUAUUACUCAUUUCAGAAGUGAAGAUCAAAUUUACAGCGUUGUCGAUACAGGGAAGCCAGUGAUUACUUUUAUGUUUUUGCCUGGAGAUCCUUUCUCUGAAGUCCUGCAAUCUGAUUUCCACAAAGCAGCAAUUGAAUAUUCUCACUCCCCCUCCGUGAGCGAACAAAAAUUUUAGAAUUUAUGUAAAAUGUUUUUUCGAAAUUUAAAAAAAAAUCCAAAUUCAUUAAAAUUGGAAAGCAAAUAUUAAUUUAAUUUGUAAAAUUUAUAUUUUAAAAUGCAAUUUUUCAAAAUUAAAACAGAAUUAACUAGAUAUUUCAUUUUAAUAAACAAUCACUUAUAUAUCAAAAAUUUUUUUGGUUGCUGGGUUUUUGGGCAAAAAAAAGGAUUUUUUCAAUGGUUUUGUUCUCUCAAAGAGGGGAGAUUCAGUAAAUAAAAUAUAUAUAUAUAUAUAUAUAUUUUUUAUUUUAUAUAUAUAAAUUUUUUUUUACCAAAAAAAUUUUUUUAACCCCCAUCCUUGAUCGAACGAUGGCUAGUCGUUCGAUCAAGGAUGGGGGGGAGUUACUGCCAAUAUCCAAAAAAUUUAUAUAAUAAUUUGUUUUACUUAGCCAUGUUUCCUUUAUGAAAAUUAAUUGUGCAGAGCAUGCAUCAUUCUGCCGUAAACGCUCCAUCAACUAUUUUCCAUGGAUCGAAAUCUAUAUUCCCCCGGCCCUCAACCCUUCUUUUUAUGACAAAAUGAUGGAUCGCUUACUAAAAAGUGAUGGAAAAUACACAAUUUGUCCAUACAGAUCUGACUUCUCCUACCAAGGAAUCAUAGCUGCUUUACAAGAGCUUUAUUUAAUUCCCAAAAAAGACCCUUAUUCAGACAUAAAAAUCAAGUUACGUUUCGACUUAGAAGAGCGAUCCCAUGAAUUAUCUAAAUAG